UGACCAUUCCUGUUCUAAGGGAUAUUAGUGACUGACCUAUAGUGGCCGGUGUACCGCUGUGACCAUUCGUGUUCUGAGGAAUAUCGUAAUUUGUAGUGAAUAUUUCUUGUUGAUGGAUGUUCAUGUAAUGAUACAAUAGCUAAGGAGAUUUUUGAUCAGAACUUUUAUUCCAAUAAAACUUGGAAUUAUGCAAAGAGAUCACCGAUGACGAAAGGACUACGAAGUUGACACCAAGCGACCCCUAGAUCACAAGCAAUUGCCAACGAAUAUAUGUUUAUUUUUAUCGGCGGAGAUUGAAAACGGAGAUACACAAUCAUGGGAUUAUUCUCGCGGCGUCGGAGCCUCAUUUUCAAAUUGCUCGUGCUCAUUCCGGCGAUCUGGUUCUGUAGUGUGGUGCUGUUUACGUUCAGAGACUCACAGGAGGCGCCACAAGGGCCACCCGGUGCUAUCAAACGACAAUAUCGCGAUAAACCUGCUCAAGUAGACCCCAAUAAAGACGUCUUGGAUAACCCGCUCAAAGUUCAUGGCCUUUUUGAUAAAACAAAAUUGGAUACAAACCUAGUGAUACCGCCCAAAAAAGAUGAAAAUAUAUUGAAUAAAAAUGAACGUGACCUUCAAGGUCGUCAUGACUUGAACAUUGACCAGGGUCAAGGUCGUCCCCUUGGCCCAGCCCAAGGUCAAGGUAAACCUGCUGAUGUUGUACAUAUGGAGGGAGAGAAAGGCAUCUUGGCACUGCCGGAAAAAUAUAAAGUGGAUCCGAAUGCACCUGGUGAAAAUGGGAAAGGCGUCUUCAUCGAUCCAAACAAACUAUCGCCGGAGGAGAGAAAAAAAUACGACGACGGUUGGAAGAAAAACGCUUACAACCAAUAUGUGGCAGACAUGAUAUCGUUGCAUCGUUCGUUACCUGAUGUCAGGGAUCCACUAUGUAAAGAUGUAAAAUAUCACGAUAAUCUUCCCGAUACGAGCGUCAUCAUCUGUUUCCAUAAUGAGGCUUGGUCCGUUCUGCUCCGCACAGUCCACAGCGUGUUAGAUAGGUCGCCACCGCAUCUUAUCAAGGAGGUUAUUUUAGUUGACGAUUUCUCCAACAUGCCACACACGAAGGACCCCUUAGAUGAGUAUGUGGCCAAGUUAGGCAAGGUCAAGGUACUACGUAUGAAGAAACGCGAGGGGUUAAUCCGAGCCAGGCUGUUUGGGGCUGCUGCUGCCACAGGCACUGUACUGACAUAUCUCGAUUCGCAUUGCGAGUGUGCAGAAGGCUGGUUGGAACCUAUUCUCGAUCGUAUUGCAAUGAAUGAAACGAAUGUCGUUACACCAAAUAUUGAAAUAAUCUACGAACACGAUUUUCAUUAUACGGGAACUCGGAACCAUCGCGCGGUACAGGUCGGCCGAUUUCAACUCAAAGACUUGACAUUCAAUUGGAUGAGUCCGCAAAAAUCGAGUCAGAAAUAUCGGAAGAAUCAUGUUGAUGCGUUGCGGUCGCCUACAAUGGCCGGUGGUUUGUUCGCCAUCCAUAAAGGAUUCUUUGAGCGCCUCGGCACUUACGAUGCUGGCAUGGAUAUAUGGGGCGGAGAGAAUCUAGAGUUGUCGUUCAAGAUCUGGAUGUGCGGUGGUACGCUGGAGAUCAUUCCCUGCUCUCACGUCGGCCAUGUCUUCCGUAAACGUAGUCCGUAUUCCUGGGGGACCGGCGGCAACGUCCUCAAGAGAAAUUCGAUACGAGUCGCAGAGGUGUGGAUGGAUGAGUAUAAGAAAUACUAUUAUGAGAGGAUUAAUUACGAUUUGGGUGAUUUUGGUGACGUUUCGGCCCGCAAGGCUCUACGUAAGAAGCUGGGAUGUAAGAGUUUCGAUUGGUACGUGAAGAACAUCUACCCAGAAUUAUUCAUUCCAGGCGAGUCUUUAGCUAAAGGAGAGGUUCGCAACAAAGCUCAAGCAAUGUGUUUAGAUUCAAGUGUGGACAAUAUGGGCAGCGGCCUUAAGCUCAAAUCCUGGCCGUGUCACAACCAAGGUGGAAAUCAGGACAAAAAGAUUCCACCAGGAUCACCUCAGUUCUGGAUGCUGAGUAAGAACUUCGAGAUCCGCCGAGACGAGGGGUGUUUCGAUUUCUCCGGUCACGGUGACGUCGUCGUGAUGGGAUGUCACGGGCAGAAGGGAAACCAGAUGUGGCUUUAUCAGGCGGAUGGCCACAUCCUUCACACGACCACCAACAAAUGUCUCGAGCUGUCCGCCAACGGUCAACGCAUCUUCAUCAACAGCUGCGAGCCGACAAACCAGCGCCAAGUCUGGUUGUGGGCGCGCAACGAUCCCGACAAGGAGAAGAAACUUUUGGAGAAGCAGCCGUGAGAACCGCGACAGACGACAAAUGUCCCGCUCAAUCGGGAGAACAUUUGUUUAUGUUUUGAUCGGGGUUUUGUUUGACUGCCUUAAAGGGACAAUAUAGGCAGCAGCUAGGCAGGCAAGAUAAAGUUACACAACGUCGCCAAUAGGGGUCUCUCACAUCUCACAGUACGUCGAAAUGAUUCGCGCUUGUAUGAGGAAUAUAUUUAGUGCUGAAUCUGACAUGACCCAGGGCCAUCACUGUGUAUACUAGUCACCUAAAGAUGGCCAAAUUAGCCUCUCUGCUCCUGCCUAUAGUCCCCCUUUAAAGUUUGCCAGGAACGGAUGAAAAUUUCUUUGGGGCUGUGUUGAAAAGAUGCAAAGUGGAACAUCCCUCAGCAGACACCUCUGUUAGCUGGACACUGUCUGUUGAGGACAGUGGUUUUAGUCCAAGAUUUGUCGCUUCUAUACAAUUUGACCUCUGUAAUCAGGACACCUUGCCAUUAAGGACAGCAUUUGUUAAUCCAAAGGGUGUCCUCAGUUGAGAGGUGCUACUGUAUGGUUCUUUGGGACUUCGAAUUGGCUCCACGGUCUGCCGAAGUCAGAACAUGAUGUAUCCGGUCAGGCAUGCGCAUGAACGAAUGCUAAAUUCUGGUAUGCGCAUGCGUAACCGGAUACAAAAUCUAUUUGAAAAUUUUGUUCUGCUAAUCGUGGCUGAAUGUAUAGGCACCAUUUGGCAAGCUUGACCCUUUAGCCCUUCAAAUGCCCGUGGAAGCCCGCAGCGUUUUCCCCUCAAACGCCUGUGAUUUAGGUGACAUCUGACGUGAAAGUGCAGAAUCAAAACGUCGUUCUACUUGAGCCGAUGUUCGGAGCCGAACUUGUGCUCAGUCAUUGAGUUAUCUGUUGCUGAUGAGUGGUACUGCAAAUUUCAUGUUGAAAUUGCUCAUUUUUAGGCAUUUUUCUGGAGGAACAGAUGGAAAAAUCAUUGAAAUGCUGGAGUGCUAGAGGGUCAAACUUGUGCACACAGUAUAUUUUGUUUUCUGUGUAUGGGGAGGUCGGCGCCAACAGUGUUUUAUCAUUUGGUGUCCGAUCUUGUGAUAUAUCAUGUACCAGGACUUUUGGGACGGGUUUGUGCCACAACCUAACGCAGAAAUCUGGUAUGAGAAAUUUCUGAUAUGGUGCACAGUAGUAUUAAGUGUAAGUUUGAAAUGUAUUCAGUGAUAUUGUUGGGUCCACGUGGCAGUUUUAACCAGCAGACCUUUGGGACAAUCUGUAAAUCGGGACCAAUCUUUCCUCUGCGUUUGCAAAAGAUCUGUAAAAUAGCAAUUUAUCAUCAUCAAAUGUACAGGGUAAGUCCGUCGACUGGUUGGUGAAGUACUUAAAACCUACAUUGAGAAGGAAGAUUAAGGUUUAAAGUUCAAGUUUUGGGUUUGUGUUCCGAUAUCAACAAAGGUAGAUGUUUUCAUCCAAAAUUACACUUCAAACUUGGUCUAUCCUUAAACAUCUCAGUAGAGCUCCAGUCAAAUUCCUACUGGGUCUUUCUCGAAAAACCAAGGCAAACAAGAUGGCAGGCCGCUGAUGAAAUUGAUGGAACCAUUGACCAAUUCGAUAUGUUAUGAUUGAUGAGCUUUUUACGAUGCAUUUGAAAAUAUGUUGCACUUCCCUGCCAGAGCCCUUCAACUUGUCAAUGAUUUCAUGAGGUUACCAGUCAGCAAAUUUUUCAUUAGCAGAAAACUCCACUCCAAGAUUCCGUAUUGUUUUAAUGACUCCGUGCACUGUAUAUGAAAGAGUGUUAUGGCACGAAAUGCAUGUUCAGAGGGUAAACCCUUAUAGAAUUGACAUUUGCUUUGAAUAUCACCAUGGUAACUGGUAUGUAAGUAGACAUGGCUAGUACAACACAGUCAGCACUGUUGUCUCAAUUUCAGAAAAAUAGCAGACUGGUCACUUUGUGAAAUCAUCGACAAACUAUGUAUGUUAUAAAUAUCGGUUAUGGUUAAAGUUUUAUAGCUUGUUGACUUGUAUGAUAUGAGGGUUGGACGGUAUAGAGGCCUGCAUGACGUCAUCAAGACGUCCAUUUUGGACAUCAGUUCGUGUCCUUGCUUCUCUUCUUCUUCAGUGUUCGCUCUGCGCUUGGAGGUGAUUAUCUCCAGGGAGUAUUCCUCCUCCAAGGUGGGAUGAGCACUUAUGCGAGACACUACGGUUAUAGUCCGUGUCCUUGACCCUGCUGAUGUCGCAGACAAAGUGUGCCAUGUGGAUGACGUCAUGGCUGACCUCGCCACCAAGGUGCACCACGCGGGUCAUCAACGGAAUUGUAACGUCCAAAAGGGCGUCUUUUUUGUCGUGACAUCAUCCGCAAGGCCUCCAUAGCAGGGUCGGUGGCUGUAGACUUGGGAGGAUUGUCUCCAGACAAUGUUGGGCCGGCACUAGUGAUGAUUACCAAGUUUCAGUCUGAUGAACAUGUGGACAAUAGCAUGUUCCAUUCAGAAACCUGCUGGGACCUGAUUUUGCUUUGAUACCAACUGAGGUGCGGAAAGGCCUUACUGAGGUGCGGAAAGGCCCUUCUAUUGCUUGUACUAUCCCUGUUAUUCCAAGGUUACAACCUGUGUAUUCUUACUUCCAAAAGGUGAGGCAAUAUUGUAAUCUGUCUUUUAUGAAGAACAUUAUAAAAAGAGAAAAAACAUGUAAAUAAAAUGUAAUUUUAAUAACAAAAUAAAGAGAUACAAUG